AUGAAGCGCUUUCUCUUUCUGUUAUCAGUCACAACUAGCGCUUUUGAUCCUGUAUUGAAAGGAUGCAAAUCCUCUUGGAAGGCAUAUUCGCCCGACAGCACUCUCAAUGACAGGGAAAGAGAACGCAUAAUAGACUUGAUCGGCGAGGCUCGUUACUUCUGCGAUUACGAAAAGUUGGCAUGUGACAUCCGUAACAAUCUCACCGCUGAAGUAAAAGGACGCAUUCCAAAUGUUGUGGAUGCGAGCUUGGCAAAAGUAUUUCUGGGUCUCAAAAAUGACAUUGAGAUAAUACAUUAUGACGUUGAGAUAAUAGAAAAGUGA